GAUCACAGACCAGCUCCGCGUGCGGUUCCCGCCGGUGACCACGUGCAGUAUCCGGCCUGCGCGAGCGCCACGAGGGGGGAACAAGAUGGCGGCACAGUGGAUCGGCAGAGGUGGUGAUUUAAUUCCCGCUACGGUUGCAUUUACGGGACAAGACCCCUUUGAGCAGGCGGUCCUGGGUGGAGGAGAUGUGGAGGCUGCAGACACCUCCUCCGGUGUGGAUCGCUCCAUCCUGGCCAUCUUUGAUGACUCUGCAGCUCCGGAGAGUAAGACAGAAUCAGAGGAAGAGAUGCUGCUGUCGGCUCUGACGGAGAUGCUGGGCUGCGAGGAGGACGAGGAGGCCGCCGCUCUGUCGCCCUUUGACACCCUGCCCGACUCGGAGCUGCUGUCGCAGCCCGACCGUUGCUCUGUGAAGAGAACAUCUGCUCACAGAAUCAGACGGAGAAUCAAAACCUCAAACCUGAAGCUGCAGACGAAGUCUGACAGAAACAAGAGCAAAACGCAGAAGAAGUUCAGAAAACAAAACCAGCUCUGCCCUGAAAGUAUAGAAGCAAAGGCAGAAGUGGAAGUCUUCUCCUCCACCUCUCUCGUUAGUCUGGUGAAGCUCAUGCACCCGUACUGUCUGGAGCUCCGUGUGGAGGAGGAGGAGGAUGGAGCGAGGAAGAGGCAUCCCCUGUUCUCCCGGGAAGAAGUGUGGAAGUUCAAGCAGCCGGCCGAGGAGAGUGACCAGGAGAUCAGCGUUGUAUCUGACGAGGAGGAAGGAGGAGGAGGAGGCAAAGAUCUGCUGUUGAAGAGCAUUCUGGUGAAUGGAACCCCCCCCAGAGCCGCUCCGUCCAGACAGAAGAGGAGGGUGAGCUUUGGACCCGUUCACGUGGCGCUGUUCCACUGGGAGAACGGAGAAGAUGUGGAGGAGUCUGCUCAUCUGAAGAGCUCCCAAAGUCCAGCAGAGCCCCCGCCUGACCCGUCACAAAGCAGCGACCUGCAGCCUGGACAGAGGUCGAGGAAGAGCAGACCUCUGAGUCUGCAGGAGUACAGGCGGCUCCGCAGGGAGGGGCGGCCCCUGCUGGAGAAACAGGGGAACUGCAGCACCAAGUGGCCCACUCUGUCUGAGGCCCCCAAAGAGCUGACCCCCAUCCUGUGCUUCCAGACACACACACAUGUUUGCAGAGCAAAGAACGUACCCCCCCAUCCAGACACCCACCACCUCUAUGAGACCAAACUGACCCCCCAGCCCCGACCCAAAGUUUCUUCUCAGCUCAGUCCUGACGCCAGAGCGGCAGAGAGUCAGAAAUGUCCCGCAAAGAAACCAAAGCUGCUCAGCAGUGAUCCUCCAAACCCCACCCUCAUCCCACUGCAGGCUCCGCCCUCUACAGACCCCCCAUCAGUGCCCAGGGCGGAGCCUAUCAGUCCGCAGGAACAAGAACCAAAGCUCUUCCUGUCAGCGUCAAACAAAGACCAGCUUCAUGUUGCAGGUGAUUGUCCUGAUCCAAAGAGCAGGGGGGAGGACCAGGACCGGCUGGACGGCCCCCUCACCUCUGAAGAGCCACGGCCCCCCCAGAGUGGCUGUAAGGCGCCAAAUUCAGCUGUUGACUCAGGAAUAGAAGCUACAGAUCUGACCAGCCUGCUGCAGCAGUUUGAACAAACACAAGCCAUGGGGGGUGUGGUCUGUGAGUCCAAGCUUCUUCAUGCUGCUCCACCUUCAACCCCCCCCACAGAGGAUCAUCUGAACCCAGACAGCCUUGCGGAGGUGGAGCUCACCUCCAGACUUCUGGAGCCCGGUCAGCCCCCCAGUACUGGAGGGAGUCUGCAGGACCUCCUCAGCUGCAGGAGAGAGGAGGUGCUCUCCACAGAGGUCAUCCGGAGUACCAAGCAGAAAAACGCUGCGUCCAAGUCUAUUCAGAUCAUCGACCCCCGCCCUCUUCGCCCUAAGAAGAAAAGCUGGAGUGCUCCACCCCCCCACAAACCCCCUCCUGUGUUUUUUACCUCUGACCACGAUUACUGCGGGCUCCUGCAUCACCAGUCUGGAUCUUCUCAGUUCACGCUGGUUUCUGACUCCCCCCACGAGCAGUGGGAGGUGCAUAGCUCCAGAGGGGGGUGCAGGACCCACCUGGGUGCAGAUAAGCAUGAAGAACACAUGAGUGCAUGUGGGCUCCCGACUCCGCCCCCCAGCCCCGACAGAGGCAGGAGGAGGCGGCGCUCUCCCAGCUGCAGCUCCCGCUCCUCCUCCUCAUCUUCCUCCUGCAGCUCCCUGUCUCCUGAAAGAACCAGGAUCCACCGCAGACCUCCCAGACUGCAUCACAGGACGCUCCGCUCCAGGUCCAGAUAUCAGUCCAGUUCCAGAUCGCGGUCCAGGUCCAGGUCCAGGUCCCGCUCUCCCUCCCCAGAGAUCUGCCGUUGGAGACACCGAGAUACUCACAGCAGCAGGGAGGCCCAGAGGCUGAGGGGGGAGCUGGACACCAGGAUCCAGAAACUGAGAGCCAUCGAUGAGAGGAGGGUGGUGUACGUCGGACGCAUCCGCAGAAGCAUGACCCCCGGCGAGCUGAGGGAGCGCUUCUCUCAGUUCGGCGAGGUGGAGAGUGUGUCGCUUCACUUCAGAGAGCGAGGCGAUCACUACGGCUUCGUGACCUUCUACAACACGGAGGACGCCUUCGCCGCCAUCGACAACGGCAGCAAGCUCCGCAGGCCGGAUGAGCUGCCGUUCGACAUCUGCUUUGGAGGAAGACGGCAGUUCUGCAGUUCUGACUACUCUGACCUGGAUGCGAGCAGAGAUGCCGACCCGUCCCCCUCCCAGGACCAGUUUGAAGACCUGGACUUUGAUGCUCUGCUCAAACAGGCUCAGGGAGGACUGCAGAGGUAGCAAAGGCUGAGAACGUGCUGAGCGUGACCUCUGACACUCACACGGCGCCUGGAUUUAUGUGGGUUUUGAUGGUGGAAUGCUGAAUGUAAACUUUUUGUUUCUUUGAAUUUGUAUGAAAAACACUUUGGCACUUUCUUAGACAUGCAUUGUACAAAAUGUAAAACACUUAUUGUUAAAAUGUUGUUGCUUUCUGAUCAUUAUACUGUUUCUAAAAAUAAAACUAAAAGAUUUUUA